GCUCUGUACUAUGUGGUUUCGGUGAGAAGUUCGGCACUGCUUUUCUUUAGGAAGACUGGUAAGAUACGGUAUAAAUUGCCCUAUACUGUAUACCGAGGCCUCACGAUAUUGUCUGACACUCAGCCCAGGACCUGAAGAGGGUACAACCUGUUUGCUUUACAGGUGUGAAACGACCGCAGGUGUGGAGGAAGGCCGGAUGAACUAGCCCUGGAGAGCCCUAGGCCGAGUCGGGAGCAGCCAGUCAGAAUGAGCUUGCUGUCAAACGCCCUCUGUUGAAUGGGUUGGGGUUUGCCGUGAAGAUGCGUUGCCUUGCGGCCCGGGUCAACUACAAGACCCUGAUCGUGAUCUGCGCGCUCUUCACCCUCAUCACGGUCCUUCUGUGGAACCGGUGCUCCAGCGACACUGCCCUCCAUUUCCCCCCGAGGCCCCAGCCAGCCAGCACCCCCAAGGGGGACAGCAACCAGCAGCAGCCCCAGCCUCCAGAGCCCCCCCCGGUGGUGGGAGGAGUGAAGUACGAGGAGAUUGACUGCCUCAUCAAUGAUGAUGCCACCAUCAAGGGCAGGCGGGAGGGCGGCGAGGUCUACCUGCCCUUCAGCUGGGUGGAGAAGUACUUCGAGGUGUACGGCAAGGUGGUGCAGUAUGAUGGCUACGACCGCUUUGAGUUCUCCCACAGCUACUCCAAAGUGUACACCCAGCGUGAGCCCUACCACCCCGACGGCGUCUUCAUGUCCUUUGAGGGCUACAACGUGGAGGUGCGGGACCGCGUCAAGUGCAUCAGCGGGGUGGAAGGUGUGCCUCUGUCCACGCAGUGGGGGCCACAGGGGUACUUCUACGCCAUCCAGAUCGCACAGUACGGUCUGAGCCACUACAGCAAGAACCUGACGGAGCGGCCGCCCCACGUGGAGGUGUACGACACGGCCGAGGAGCGGGACAGCCGUCCCAGUGCUUGGGUCGUGCCCAAAGGCUGCUCUCUCACCCGCAUCCACGAUAAGACCCGCGCCACCGCCGUGCGCCAGUUCAGUGCGCCAGAGAAUUCUGAAGGAAUAUCCCUCCCGCUGGGCAACUCUAAGGACUUCAUCAUCUCCUUCGACCUGAAGUUCCUCUCCAACGGGAGCGUCUCGGUGGUGCUGGAGACCACGGAGAAGAACCCGCCGUUCGUCAUCCACUAUGUCACCAGCACACAGCUCAUCGCCUUCAAGGACCGUGACAUCACUUACGGGCUGGGGCCCCGCACCGCCUGGAGCACGGUGACCCGGGACCUCCUGACGGACCUGCGAAAGGGGGUGGGGCUGUCCAACACCAAGGCCGUCAAGGCCACCAAGAUCAUGCCCCGCCGCGUGGUCAAGCUUGUGCUUCGGGGCCGCGGGCUGAUCGACAACAUCACCAUCUCCAGCACCGCCCACACUGCCGCCUUCUUUGCCGCAAGCGACUGGCUGCUCCGGAACCAGGACGAGCGCGGCGGCUGGCCCAUCAUGGUGACCCGCAAGCUGGGCGAGGGCUUCCGGGCGCUGGAGCCGGGCUGGUACUCCGCCAUGGCGCAGGGCCAGGCCAUGUCCACACUGGUGCGGGCGUACCUACUCACGAAGGACCCUGUGUACCUCAACGCCGCCCUGCGGGCCACCGGGCCCUACCGUCUGCCGUCAGAGCAGCACGGCGUCAAGGCCGUCUUCAUGAACAAGUAUGACUGGUACGAGGAGUACCCCACCACGCCCUCCUCCUUCGUCCUCAACGGCUUCAUCUACUCCCUGAUCGGCCUGUACGACCUGGCAGAGACGGCGGGGGACAAGCUGGGCCGGGAGGCGGGCGUGCUGUUCAGCCGCGGCAUGGAGUCGCUGAAGGCCAUGCUGCCACUCUACGACACGGGUUCGGGGACCAUCUACGACCUGCGGCACUUCAUGCUGGGCACUGCCCCCAACCUGGCGCGCUGGGACUACCACACCACCCACAUCAACCAGCUGCAGCUGCUGGCCUCCAUCGACAACGCGCCCAUCUUCAGGGACUUCGUCAAGCGCUGGAAGAGCUACCUGAAAGGAGGCCGGGCCAAGCACAACUAGGGUCCAACUGGCCUUCAGCCGGGCUCCGAGCCAAGCGCUGGG